AAGAAAGAUGGCGGUCCGCACAUAUGGUCAAAAACCGAGCUCUUUUCAGCUUGGAGAUGGAGAGCAAUAUAUGAUCGGAUCCGAAGUGGGAAACUUUCUGCGAAUGUUUAGAGGAUCCUUAUACAAAAAGUACCCUUCUUUGUGGCGAAGACUUGCAACACUCGAGGAGCGAAAACAAAUUGUACAGUUAGGAUUAGGACACAGUAGCAUAGCUACAAAUGUCACUUUGUUAAAAGCUACUGAAGUGAAUGAAAUCUUAGAGGGAAAAGACGAAAAGUAUAAAGUUUCCACGGAGGCACCCGAUGCAGCGUCAAGGAAUGCGGGUGGUAAAUCAAAACGGAGCAAUCAGCCGACUUGGGCACCACAAACAUUGUUUUCGAGUAAUUCCUUCCAUCUCGAUGCUGUACCAUGCUCGUCUACAGUGAACAGGAAUCGAAUAGGACCCAAAAGGAUAAAAACAUUUCCCACUUGUUAUGACGACCAUGACAUGGCUGCCAUCCAUGAGGCUGCAAGUCAACCUGAAGUGUUGGUGCCUAUCAGGCUGGACAUAGACAUUGAUGGACAAAAACUUCGGGAUACAUUUACAUGGAACAAGAGUGAGACACUAAUUUCACCAGAGGUGUUUGCAGAAGUGUUAUGUGAUGAUCUUGAUUUGCCUGCAGCAGCUUUUGUGCCUGCUGUUGUCCAGGCCAUUAGGCAGCAGAUCAAACAGUUUGACUCAGAUUCUGAAAUAAGCCUGGACAAACAAACAGAUCAGAGAGUUAUUAUCAAGCUUAAUAUCCAUGUUGGUAACAUUUCCCUAAUGGACCAGUUUGAGUGGGACUUGUCAGAACCUCUUAACUCACCUGAAGAAUUUGCAUUAAGCCUCUGUUCAGACCUGGGCCUGGGUGGCGAGUUUGCCACAGCCAUUGCAUACAGUAUUCGUGGUCAACUUAAUUGGCAUUCAAAAACAUAUGCCUUCAGUGAGGCACCCCUCCCAAGUGUCGAAACUGCCAUAAGAUCAGGGACAGAUGUUGAUAAUUGGGGUCCUUACUUGGAGACUCUGACUGAUGCAGAAAUGGAGAAGAAGCUUCGAGACCAAGACAGAAACACUAGACGAAUGAGGCGUCUUGCCAACACAGCUCCUGUCUAUUAGAGUGUGGCUCUGUCUUUGCAGAAACAUUGCAUUUAGGAUUUAUUAUACAAUAGUUACGUUCCUUGUUCUUUGUAAAUAACUUAACUUAAUGUAGAGGAAAACAAGGACUAGUUUGGGUAUUGAAAGAAAAGAAAAUUGUUCAGAUUUAGUGAAGAAGGCUUUUUGAUGUUCAUUGGACUUGUUUGUAUGUUUGCAUCUUUUGUUGUUGGAUAUAUUGCU